AUGUCGGACAACAAAGAUCCUCACACUAAGGACGGGCAGCCCGCCCCCUCCAUCCUCACCUCCAAGUUCGCCAAACUCAAUCCCUUUUCCAGAACAGCUUCCUCUGACCCCGAAGGAGGAGGUGACAACCUAGGUGAAGAGGUCGAGUUCGACUCGAUCGGUGGUGGUGGACAUGCUGCUCGUCGAACCAAGGUCACCAAGUCCGAGCUCCGUGUUAGUCGUGCUCUUCGUCAGCUCCUUGUCGACCAGAACCUCCUUUCGCCCGCCGAUGCCAACCUCGAUGACCCUAAGGCACAGAGCUCGCAGCCGUUGAAGGAGUUCGUGGAAAAGUCGCACAUUGACGUUCCUGAAUAUGUGAGAGACAGAAGCAGACCUCUUAGCGAGUACUUUAUCAGCUCUUCGCACAACACCUACCUUCUUGCUCAUCAGCUUUAUGGUAACUCCUCGGCGGUUGCAUACGAGCAUGUGUUGAUCACAGGUGCGAGAUGUGUCGAAAUCGACGCAUGGGAUAAUGAUGACAACCCCGACGAGCCCAAGGUAACACAUGGAUAUACGCUGGCUUCGCACAUCCCCUUCCGUGCCGUCUGCGAAACGAUGAAGCAAGCCAUCCAGAAGGAGGAGGAGGAAGAGGCCAAACGCGACCAGAACUUCAAGGUAGCUCCCGUCUUGCUGUCGCUCGAAAACCACUGCGGACAUGCUGGACAGAAGCGACUGGUCGAGAUCAUGCAUGAGGUGUGGGGAGACCUUCUCAUCAGUGGACCUGUUGACAAAGGCGAGGCUGCUUCUGAGCACACUGCGCUCGAUCAUCUCGGUGCAAAGAUCGCUGUCAUGGUCGAGUUUCACCCAGCUGGCAAACCUCCAGUCGAGUCACCUGAAAGCAGUGAUGAUGAAGACAAGAUGUCCAAAGAGAAGAGGAACGAAGCAAAGACACCAAUCAUCCCUGAGCUCUGCGCUCUCGGUGUAUACGCCCAGUCCGUCAAGCCUACGAACGACUCCUGGUACACGUCCACCCUUACCAACGGACCACACGAUCACCUGAUCAACAUCUCCGAGACUGGCCUACUCAACUUGCUUCCCAAGCAAGCAGCUCUUAUCAAGAAGCACAACGCUGAACACCUCAUGCGCGUAUACCCCAAAGGCACUCGUAUCAGCUCGAAGAACCUCAACCCUGUCCCGUUCUGGGGUGUUGGUGCCCAAGUCUGUGCUCUCAACUGGCAGACCUUCGAUCACAGUGUCCAGCUCAACGAGGCUCUAUUCUCCGGCUCGGAUGGCUACGUCCUCAAACCUCCCGGACUGCGCAUCGGAGGAGAUGGAAACACCUCCCUUGGUCGUCGAAAGCUCAAGCUCCACAUCGCUGGCGCCACCGACCUUCCCCUCCCCGCCGGUCGAGAAGCGGACGAUAUCCGCCCCUACGUUACCUGCACCCUCGUCCUUCCGACCGAUCUUGAACAAGAACCGCCCAAACAAAAGACAAAGGCUUACAAGCAGCACAAACUCGGCAUUAUCCACAAAGGUGAACAACCCAUCCCCACCGAUCCAAUCUGGCAUGAAACGUUGGAAUGGCAGUUCGAACAUGACGAGUUGGCUUUCGUUAGAAUUUUGAUCAAGAGCGAUGACAAGUUCGCCCGUAACCCGUUGUUCGCGGUUGCAGCAGUGAGGUUGGUCUACGCUGCUGAAGGAUGGAAGUUCAUCAGGUUGCUGGAUUUGAAGGGUCGAGAGACUCAUUCGACGCUGUUGGUUAAGUUCGAGUUUGAGAAGAUCUAG